AUGGGACCAUCUGUCCCCUCUCUCCUGCUCCCCACACUGCUGCUGCUACUGUUCCAUGGUGUCCAUGGGGACAGCCUGGCAACAGUGUGUGGAACCUCUAAGGUGAGUGGGAGAAUUAUAGGAGGGCAGGAUGCCCAGGAAGGACAGUGGCCAUGGCAAGUCAGCCUAAGGAUCGCAGGGACACAUAUCUGUGGCGGCUCUCUCAUCAAUUCGAGCUGGGUGCUGACUGCAGCUCACUGCUUUGACAAUUCCCAGAACCCUGCGUACUAUGGAGUCCAGUUGGGAGAGCUGACGCUUUCUACAGACUCAGCUGGUUCCUCCUUAGCAUCUGUGACAAGAAUCAUCAUUCACCCUUCCUACAAAAAGGGAAGCGAUAACCUGGAAGGGGACAUUGCACUGGUACAACUUGGCUCCUCCUCUCAGAUCGUUCCUGUUUGCCUCCCCUCACCCCAGAUCGAAUUCCUCACGGGCACUCUGUGCUGGGUGACUGGGUGGGGAAAAACCAACACCGCAGAUUUUUCUUGGAUCUUACAAGAAGUCCAGGUCCCCCUGAUUGAUGCUGAGACUUGUGAUGCCCAAUACCACAUCAAUAACCCCACAGCCUUAGGACGAACCCUGGUUUUGGAGGACAUGAUCUGUGCUGGAUAUGAGGAGGGCCAGAAAGAUUCCUGCCAGGGUGAUUCCGGAGGCCCCCUUGUCUGUAAGGAUCAGAAUACCUGGUUCCAGGUCGGUGUGGUGAGCUGGGGAGAAGGUUGCGCCCAACCCAACCGACCAGGAGUUUAUACCCGGGUCCAGGCUUACACCGAUUGGAUUCAAGCCUCCAUCAACUUUGCUCCAAAUGUUCUUUCAGGGCCUACCUACCCUACUCUGCUGCUGACACUGGUUCUUCUCAGUGUUCAAUGA